GGGGCGUGUCGUUGUGUUUGGCGGUUUUGGUUGCUUGUGUAAAUGAAAACUUCAGAUCAGUCAGUCAAUAGUGAUGUAUGUUAGUUCUAAUGCAGUUUCAAAUGCUUUUCUAAAACCAGCCUUUCCAAAAUGUUUAAUGACUUUUCCGAUGUCUACCACGGCAGAAAGAAUAUUUACCUGAGUGAAAUGAGCCUGCAGUCCACAAGAGCCCAAUAUGUUUGAGGCAAUCACUCUUGAGAUCAAAAGGGAAUUAGGGCCUCUGACCCCUAAUUGGUUUGAGGAGUUGACCCUGAGAGCGUCAAGGAGCGAUGGCAAAGAAGUCGAGGUUCCGGAAUGUCCGUGCAAUGAAGACGUCACAUUCGAACCCACCGAUGUUGACACAAAAACAACUUCAGCCAAUCAAAUAUCCACACCUAUGCCAUUUCUAUCUCCUCCAACUUUCCUAACAGAAGAACAAGAGCAGUGUCCUGCUGCUGCUCACACCUCAUCCUUGACUGACUCAAGCCCGUACUUGUUUGGUUCAACCAGAGAGAGAGGACUGCCCAAAAGCAGCAUAGAUAUAAACAUUGCUGGAGGAGGGGACACACCAAAAAGAGCUUUGUUUGAGGCCCAGCGAAUUUCUGAAAGUCUCGGGGCCCAGAUCAAUCCCAACUUGUCGUGGACCAGCUCUUUCAACACCCCUUCGUCUCUGACACCUACAGUUGUGUUACCAAAAAGACCAGAAAGCAGCUGCACAGUCAAGCCAACUGAGGAACACAUAGUUUUUGUUCGUAAGCUUUUCCCUCCAGCCUUUGCAGAUCCACAAACAUCAGAUGACCGACUGAUAAUUAAACAGAAAAACAAGCCUGAACGCUCCUUAAAUGGCGAUAUCGAUGUCAGCGGCGUAUUCAACCAAAGCGUUCCGCACACUGCAGAGGAUGAUGGGGAAGUGCCCGCCACUGUAGAAAGCGUUCUUGACGGGAGCGAAGAUAUUCUCUCGUUCCUCUUCACCAGCAGAAGGACGCGGGCAACAGAGCCAACGAGGGCAACCAGAAGCCCUAUAUUAAAGGGAUCAUCUCAGGCUGCAGCCACUCACAAUGUCUUGGACGCACAGACGAAGUUGGACGAACAGAUCGACGGUCCACUGAAGAACAGAGACAGUGAAGUCACGCAGUGGACACCGUUAAGUUUGCCUGAGUGUACAGGCACUAGUUUGGAUCAAGGCUACUUUACCGUGUCUUCUGUCACUAAGAAGGAUUCUCCGCAGCACACAAACGGUUGUGAGCAUGACUAUGCGACUCAGGGUGAUGGCUUGCAGAGAUCUUUGGGGUGCAUGCCAAAAUCCCGAGCAGAACUAAAGUGGGAUGCACCUCCGAAAUGUGGGUCCACUCCAUAUGCCUUAAAUGCGUCGCAUAUGUUCAGGAAGCCUAACACGAUGCCAUGCUCGAUCAAGAAUUCAGCGCAGGAGCUCUGCAGACCACAUCACCAACCUGCUGCAAAGCGAAGCCAUGGUGGUCAGGUGGUUGCAAGCACACAACGGGAAAGUGAAGAGGAAAAGAUCAUAUCGGUUCCCGACAGGGCAAAGACGUUGCUAGAUAAAUCCUUGGAAGCAGGUGACCAAGGUGGUGCCCACACGGCAAGUGUUCAAGGGCCUGACCUCACUCUGACAGGAGAAGACAAGAACUCUUCAGCGUUACCUCUCUGCUCAGCAAAUGCGUGCUCCUUGCUCACCGCGUCCCAGAGAGCAGACGUGUCUGAGCUCUGCAACCUGUUGGAAGAGGCAGACAGUCAGUGUGAAUUCACACAGGUCAAACCAACCAAGGUGGACCCCAGCAAACUUGUGGAAGCUGUUCGGCAGAGUGGGAAUGAAGAGGAGUGGACCAAAGAUGUGCUUAUUACAGACUGUGACUUUGACGACAGUUUUCCAACUGACAUAGAAAGUGGUAUGACGAGCAGUCAAGUGGUGCAACAAGCAGGGGACAAUUCUACUCCAGCAGCUAAAAACUCGACUGAAAGCAGCAGUGAUGGACGCCAAAUGUUUGUUUCUGCAAAGCACACUGGAGAGAAUGAAACUGUCUCAGAGGAAAGACACAGCAAAAGGAGGAAAAUGAGCCACUGCCAAUCAUUCGAGCAACUUGUUCCAUCAGGGACACGUUCAGCUUUGUCAAAUAUCGCUCCUUACAAUGCACGGGUGCAACAACCAGGCUUGAAACGUGUGAAUUUUUCUUCUGCAGUGAAACUUUCACAAGAGCAAGACAACAUGACCAAUACCUCAAAUUGUUUUGAGGCGAUCACUGAUGAAGAGAUGUGUGUUUCAACAGAGGUAGAUCAAGCCAAUUUACCUGUUAUCGACAUGCCCUCAAGGACAUACUGGGGUGAAAAUGAGCAUGUUCUGAAAAAUUACUCCAGGGGAAAUGCUGGAAGUCUACCCUAUAUCAAAUCAGAGGGAUUGAUGAAUGAAACUGAUCCGAUAGCAAACGGAGACAUACGUUUUGGAUUCAGCACAGCAGGAGGGAAACAUGUGUCGAAAAAGGCUUUGAAGAAAGCGCAUAAGCUCUUUGAAGAAUGUGACGAAACGCCCAUGGAAAUGAAUUUUGAUUUGAAACUAGGGAAGGGAAGCAUUUCUACUGAUCCUGAAGCAAAGAACACUCUGAACACAAAUCAAAUUGGAGACCAUAAAUGUGCAGAGGAUCAACUUAAACGUUUUGGAUUUAGCACAGCUGGUGGUAAAGAGGUGUCUGUGUCAAAGAAGGCUUUACAAGAAGCACACAAGCUGUUUGAUAAAUGUGAUGAAAUGUCUACUGAUAUUAUACAACAAAUGUCCAGUGAAACUGCUAACACAAGAGACCGAAAGCAUGCUGAACAGCCGACAGGUUUUGGAUUUAGUACCGCAGGUGGGAAACAUGUGUCUGUAUCAAAGAAGGCCUUACAACAAUCCCACAAGCUCUUCGAGAAAUGUGACGAUGAAAUGCCUAUGAACGGGAAUUUUGAUCUCAAACUGGGAAAGACAUGCAGUUCAACUGAUUCUGAAGCAAAAAACACAACUGGAGUUGGAGACCAAAAACAUGCACAGCAGUCGUUUUCAAGUUUUGGACUUAGCACGGCAGGUGGUAAAGACGUACAUGUAUCCCGGAACGACUUAAAAGCAGCGCAUAAGCUGUUUGAGAAAUGUGACGAUACACCUACUGAAACUACCAAACAUGAAGACCAGAAAUAUGGCCACAACAAACCACUUGGGAAUGUUGGAUUCAGUACUGCAGGUGGCAAAGAGGUGUCUGUAUCAAAGAAGGCCUUACAACAAGCACACAAGCUGUUCGAGAAGUGUGAUGAAACACCAGUGAAAAAUAAUCCUGAUGGAAAGCUAGGAAAGGCAUGCAUUUCAAUGGGUCCUGAAGCAAGAAAUACUCUGAACACAAGAGACCGAAAGCAUGCUGAACAGCCGACAGGUUUUGGAUUUAGCACAGCUGGUGGGAAAGGGGUGUCUGUGUCAAAGAAGGCCUUACAACAAGCACACAAGCUGUUCGAGACAUGUGAUGAAAUGUCUACUGAUACUAUACAACAGAAAGACCCAAAACAUGGUGGACAUUCACUUGGAAGUUUUGGAUUCAGUACCGCAGGUGGCAAAGAGGUGUCUGUAUCAAAGAAAGCUUUACAACAAGCACUCAAGCUGUUCGAGACAUGUGAUGAUGAAGCGCCUAUGAAAAUUAAUUCUGAUCUUAAACUAUCAAAGCCGUGCAGUUCAACUGAUUCUGAAACAAACAACACAACUGGAAUUGGAGACCAAAAACAUGCACAAGGGUCGUUUACAAGUUUUGGAUUUAGCACGGCAGGUGGUAAAGAUGUACAUGUAUCCCGGAACGCCUUAAAAGCAGCGCAUAAGCUGUUCGAGAAAUGUGACGAUACACCUACUGAAACUACCCAACAUGAAGACCAGAAAUAUGGCCACAAAAAUCCACUUGGAAAUUUUGGAUCCAGUACUGCAGGUGGCAAAGAUGUGUCUGUGUCCAAGAAGGCCUUACAACAAGCCCACAAGCUGUUUGAGAUGUGUGAUGAUGAAAUGCCUAUGAGCAAAAACAGUUCAAGUGAUCCUGAAGCAAAAAACACUCUGAACAGAAUUCAGACUGGAGAUCAAAAACAGGCGGAAGAGUCACUUACAAGUUUUGGAUUUAGUACAGCAGGAGGGAAAGGGGUGUCUGUGUCAAAGAAGGCCUUACAACAAGCACACAAGCUGUUCGAGACAUGUGACGAAACACCUAUGAAAAGUCAUUCUGAUCUUAAACUCUCAAAGCCAUGCAUUUCAACUGAUCCUGAAACAAAACAUACUCUGAACACAACUGGAAUUGGAGGCCGAAAACAUGCAGAAGAGUCACUUACAAGUUUUGGAUUUAGCACUGCUGGAGGGAAAAAUGUAUCUGUAUCAAAGAAGGCCUUACAACAAGCACACAAGCUGUUCGAGAAAUGUGAUGAAAUGUCUACUGAUACUAUACAACAGAAAGACCCAAAAUAUGGUGAACCGUCACUUCAAAGUUUUGGAUUCAGUACCGCAGGUGGCAAAGAUGUGUCUGUGUCAAAGAAGGCCUUACAACAAGCACACAAGCUGUUCGAGAAAUGUGAUGAAAUGUCCACUGAUACUGCCAACCAGGAAGACCAAAAACCUGGCGCACAUUCACUUGGAAGUUUUGGCUUCAGUACUGCUGGUGGCAAAGAUGUGUCUGUGUCCAAGAAGGCUUUACAAGAAGCACACAAGCUGUUUGAGACAUGUGACGAAACACCAAUGAAAAGUAUUUCUGAUCUCAAACUACCAAAGCCAUGUAGUUCAACUGAUCCAGAAACAAAAAGUACACAUUUUGGGUUCAGUACAGCUAGAGGGAAAGAGGUGUCUGUAUCAAAGAAAGCCUUACAAGAAGCACAAAAGCUGUUCGAGAAAUUUGAUGAAAUGUCCAAUGAAACUGCCCGACAAGACGACCAGAAACCUGGAGGACAUUCACUUGGAAAUUUUGGAUUCAGUACUGCUGGUGGCAAAGAUGUGUCUGUGUCCAAGAAGUCUUUACAAGAAGCACACAAGCUGUUCGAGACAUGUGAUGAUGUGUCAACUCUAACUACACAACAAGAAGACAUUAAUCCUGGAGACCAUUCACUUGCAACGUCUGGGUUUGGUACAGCAGGUAGCAAAGAUGAACCUGUUUGUGAGGAAGCAUGUAAACGGUUUGAGAAAUCAAAUGUAAGGCCUGCUGACAGACGGCAAUAUAUUUCCUCAGAAAAGACUUGUCUUUCAAGUAUUCAAAGUCCAGUGGACUAUCCGACCUCAACACACCAGAGUAACCAGUACAAUGCUCGCAUAGAAAAACAACCUGUCGCAGAAUCCGUUGGUCUUUCAGUUGGCCUGAGCAGCUACACUGACCCCCGCCGCCAAAGAUACUUUGAACAGGAAGCCAUCGCGUGCGCCGAGGCCCUUCUGGAGGAUGACAGACUUCAGAAGUGUGCUCUACUUGGGCCAUCGCAGCCACGCCAAAUGGGAAAUCGAACUGUCGAUCUGGAAUACUGCUCUGAAGAUACACCUCCUCAGAGAAGAGACAGCAAGUCAUCAAGGCGAUUCCUUGUACCUAUGACAAGCUCCCCUAGCGGGGCCUUGAGCGACAGGAAAGUGAAGCGCAAUGUGUUAUUACAAGCAAAUACAUCACAUCCUCACAGGACUACUGUGGCACCAAGAAAGCAAAGUGAAGGUCCAGUCCCGCCUACUGUUGAGUCGUCCAGUGGGAAACGUUCGGUGGAAGGUGUGCCAGCGUUUGUCCCUCCUUAUAGAAAACAAGCAAACGUUGAACAACAGAACACAGCGGCAAAAUCUGUGGCCCAAGCCGCUGUGCCAGAAAUCAAAAUGGAAGUAAAUGGCGUCCAAACCUCCGUUUGCCCUGCAGCUGAACCUGGAGGUCCACAGAUCUACAACAAGACUACCUGUCAUUCUGAGACUCGCGUUCGGGAUAAUUUGAUCCCAAUCGAUUCGCAGCACAACAUUCCUCAGGACAAAGACACAAAUGAUUCUAACCACAGGUCCGAGCUAUUAUUUGACGACGAGUCACCAAAUACACAUGUAGACAUGGAUGUUCUUACGUCAUCUACGAUUUCAGAAAAAGCGUUGGAGUGUAUGUGUCUGGCUAGAGACAUGCAAGACCUGCGGAUUAGAAAGAAAAAUAUCCAGUCUGUGAGACCUCUUCCAGGAAGUGUCUUCCUCACGAAGACAUCUGGCUCUCCCAGGAUUUCCAUUCAGGCUGCUGUAGGAUACACGUGCCCACAACAACAUCCUAAGGAAUCGUUGUACUUGUCAGGAGUGCGCUCUGAGGUGUGCCAGGUGAGCGGCCGCAGUGCGCAGGUCUUCCAGUUCCAGUGGGAGCACCACUUCAAGGUGGAGCUGCUCUGCCAAGGGGGUGGCGUGCAGCUGGCUGACGGAGGCUGGCUCAUCCCAGACGCCCAAGGCAGAAUGGGGAAGGAGCAGUUCUACAGGGCCCUGUGUGACACCCCUGGUGUGGACCCGCGGCUGAUCAGCGAGGAGUGGGUGUAUAAUCACUACCGCUGGAUCUUGUGGAAGAGGGCGGCCAUGGAGCGUGCCUUCCCUAGGGAGUUCGGAGGGCUCUGCCUCGGCCCAGAGCAGGUGCUGCUGCAGCUCAAAUACAGGUACGACGUGGAGGUGGACAAAAGUCAGCGGUCAGCCCUGAGAAGGAUCAUCGAGAGGGACGACACCCCAAGCAAGACGCUGGUCCUCUGUGUGUGUGAUAUUGACACUUCUUCUCAGACAACAACCCCUGGCACCGGCGGCAAGGCAGGGCUCCCCACCACCGUGUGGCUGACAGAUGGCUGGUACUCAGUCCGGGCCCAGCUGGACCCACCUCUCGCUGCGCUGGUGCAGAGGGGGAGGGUAAGGGUGGGCAUGAAGCUGGUGACCCACGGGGCUGAACUGGUCGGCCCGCAGGACGCCUGCCACCCGUUAGAGGCGCCGGAGACUCUCAUGCUGAAGAUUUCAGCCAACAGCACCAGGCCAGCACGGUGGCAUGCCAAGCUGGGCUACCACAGAGACCCUCGUCCGUACCGCGUCCCGCUGGCCAGCCUCUUCAGUGACGGGGGCGUGGUGAGCUGCAUCGACUUCCUUGUGCUGAGAAGCUACCCUAUUCAAUGGAUGGAGAAGACUGGCGCGGGGGCCUUCAUCUUCCGCAGUGAGCGUGCAGAGGAGAGGGAGGCCAGACUCCAUGAGGAGAGGAAGCAGAAGGCCAUGGACACUCUCUUCACUGGCAUACAGGCCGCUGUGGAGAAGGAGGAGGAGCAAGAUCGGAGAAAGAGGAGGGGCCAUAAGAAAAGGCUGAGUGAUCAAGAACUGCGAGCUUUGCGAGAUGGCGAAGAGCUUCACGAAGCAGUGGAAUCUGACCCAACACUACAGGGGAGCCUCUGUGACGAACAGCGGGCGAGCCUGCUGAGCUUCAGACAAAGCUUGACGGAGAAGCGCCAGAUGAGGCUUCAGGAGCGCUGCCGUCGGGCCCUGAGGGAAGCACAAGAGCAAGCGGACGGCGGCGUUCCCAGCCGAGAAGCCACGCCCGUGUGGAAACUGGCCGUCUGCGACGCCAACGAGCCCGGGGACCUCACCAAUAAAGACUCGAUUUUCCAGCUCAACAUUUGGCGGCCCUCCAUGGACUUGCGCUCCCUGUUGAGGGAAGGAGGCCGCUACGUGGGCUACAACUUGUCCACGUCAGAGGGCAAGAGGAAAACCACCGCUAAUGUCCAGCUCACCGCCACCAAAAAGACACGCUUUGAGAAUGGAAAGGUUGUGCCAGAGCUUCUGGUGGAGUGUUUCCAGUCGCGUCAGUGUAUCAGCUUCAGUUCUCUGCAGAGUCCCUCAUUCCGCUCCCUCUGUGGCGAGGUGGACGUUAUGGGAUACAUCAUCCACAUCGCUGACCAAAAUGGUCCCUCUCCUGUGAUGUAUCUAGCUGAUGAGGGCAUGGCGUUUGUGUCCGUACGCUUCCCCAGCUCCCUGAGGCAGCUGGCUGUGGAGGAGCUGGCCAAGCCUCGGGGCUUUCUGAUCGUCAGCAACGCUCUCCUUCGCCAGGCGUCGGCUCCCAUACCCUCCCUGAGUGCCGGAGAAUUCACAGUGCUCAAGACCAGUUCUGUUGAACAUCAAAUCCAGGAGCAAUUGAAGCAACUGAAGAGCUCGAUCCAGAGUCAAGAGCACUUUUUUAAGGACGCAGAGGAGAAGCUCCUAAGCCUGGUCCACACACCUUCUCAGCCGGGUUCAAGAACUCCCAAGCAAUCAUUCUAUUCUGAUGCUGCAGCCAAAGGUCAAUCAUUCUAUUUUGAUGACGUGGCCGCCGCCGCCGCCAGUGGUGUGAAGAGGACUCCGCAGGCGUCCUGCGCUUCAGAGGGGAACAAUCCCAAGAGCCUCAAGAGAAAGCGGGGCUUGGAUUACCUGUCGCGUAUCCCCUCUCCGCCUCCUCUCAGGCCCCUGCUGGCUCCUGGGACGUCGUCAUCCGUCCAUGUGAAAAAGGUGUUCAACCCUCCUCGACGAUCGGAGAGAUUGAGCACCGGUGGUAACAUCAUCCAAACACCUUUGUUGCCACGAGCAACUGUUGCCCCGGCUUCGGCUUCAACAGCGGGGGAAGAGGAGUGGGUUAAGGACGAAGAGCUGGCGUUGAUACAUAUGUAAACAUUGAAGAGUUGGCCUUGAUAAAUAUGUAAACAUUUGAAGAGCUGGCCUUGAUAAAUAUGUAAACAUUUGAAGAGUUGGCCUUGAUAAAUAUGUAAACUCUGAAGAGUUGGCCUUCAUAAAUAUGUACAUUUUGAUUGUAACUCUUUCUUGGAAGGAGUCUAAGUGUUAUAACAAAGGCAUGACAUGAGGAACAUUAAUGACGCCUGAUUGAUGAUUGUUUAUGACUGGUGUCACAGGUGCUGUUUCCACGUAGCCGGAUAUUUUUUGAAGAACGCUUUGGUUUUGGCCUUCCGUUUCCACGGAAACAGAGUUUUACAAUCCACACAUCAAAAAUCCAGCUUUAAAAAUAUCCCAUUUAGGUGACUAAAACGCACCUGUUACAAUGGAUUUUUUUAAUUUUUAGCCACAUUUAAAAAUAUCCGGCUAUGUGGAAACGGCGCCUUAAUGUAUCAUUCAGUUUUUGGACUGUCAUGACACCAGAACAGUGUCAAAUUGACAUUCCAAAAUCCGAACGUCACAAGAGGACAAGAGUCAUAUGCAUCAAUAAUGUGUCAUUAAUGUGCCUGCCUGGUAUGUGCCUUGUCGUUCUUACACCGGCUACAUGAUACAUCAUAUGUACUGUAGACCCUUUUCAAGAAAGUAUUACCAAACUUUGUAUAUCUGUAAAACCAACAAGAUUUAUUUAUAAAUGUUUGUAUGACUGGAGAUAAUACUGUAUAUAUGUACAUAACGUAACUUUGGGAAAAUACUAAAUGUACUCAAUAGAUUGGUCAAGUAGACUGGAUAGCCAUAACGUGUUAAUACCGUAGAGUUGAACACUGAUCUGUUGAAAUAUAUUCUAAAUAAAAUAAAGGCAACUGCUUUGUUUAA